CCUACGCUACUCGACGUUACACACGACACACGACACUACGACCAGUAGAAAAAUUUAAUUAAUAAUGUCGAUAGCGCUCGGAAUGUGCGAGACACCCGGCUGUAACGCCGUUGCGAGUCUGCAAUGUCCAACUUGCUUAAAAAUCGGCAUUCAGGGUUCAUAUUUCUGCAGCCAAAAUUGUUUCAAAGGUAGUUGGAAAACGCAUAAAGUUAUCCAUCAAUUGGCGAAGGGAGAAAAUGGAAACAAAGUUAUAACCGACCAUUAUAAUCCUUGGCCAACCUACAAUUAUACCGGGAAAUUACGGCCGUAUAAAAGGGAGCAACGUAGAGAGGUUCCCGAGCGUAUUGCUCGGCCAGACUAUGCCUUACAUCCAGCUGGGAUACCACUCAGUGAACAAGCUGUAAAAGGUUCUGGCCAGAUAAAAAUUCUCGACGAUGAAGAAAUCGAAGGCAUGAGAGUCGCGUGCAAGCUCGGCCGAGAAGUCUUGGACGAAGCUGCAAAGACGUGUGAUAUUGGUGUUACAACCGCCGAAAUUGAUAGAGUUGUGCACGAAGCUUGCAUCGAGAGAGAUUGUUACCCAUCGCCGUUAAAUUAUUAUCAAUUUCCUGCCAGCUGUUGUACUUCUGUCAACGAAGUGAUUUGCCAUGGUAUACCUGAUACUCGACCCUUGCAGGAUGGCGAUAUUUGUAAUGUUGACGUUACGGUGUAUCACAACGGCUUUCACGGAGAUUUGAACGAGACCUUUUUAGUGGGUAAUGUAAAACCGGAAGUAAAAAAGUUGGUGGAAGUGACAUAUGAAUGCUUGUCCAAGGCCAUUGACAUUGUAAAACCUGGUGAGAAAUACAGAGAGAUUGGCAAUGUCAUACAAAAGCACGCGCAGGCGCAUGGUCUCAGCGUGGUUCGUAGCUAUUGCGGCCAUGGAAUUCAUCGUUUGUUCCAUACCGCGCCAAAUGUGCCACAUUAUGCCAAAAAUAAAGCGGUAGGUGUUAUGAAACCUGGGCACUGCUUCACAAUCGAGCCAAUGAUAUCCCAAGGUACGUGGAAGGACGAAACAUGGCCCGACAAUUGGACUGCCGUUACAUUGGAUGGUCAAUGGUCAGCGCAAUUUGAGCAUACGCUUUUAGUAACGGAGACCGGCUGCGACAUUCUCACGAAACGGCUUGCAAAUGACGCAACCUUUCCUUCUUGCAAAUGUAUAAUAAGGACGAAAAAAGAAAUAAACGGUACAAUUGAGUUACCCUUGCAAUUUUGCGUAGAGGUAUCUGGAUCUAUGUAGCAAAACUUAUCUUACGGUGCACGAUAAUUUUGAAUAUUAAAUUUUUAAUUUUGCCAAGUUUUCACAAGGCGACAGAAAGUUAAAGAUAUAUAAGAUACCUAAUAAACUAAUCAUUUGUACUUGGAGUAAAGUAUCAGUUACAUGUA